GGCACCAUAUCUUUUUUCUUCUUUUUAUGUCGUUUAUCAAUAGUAAAAGCCACAUAGCCACAGGUGUUUUUGAUCAUUAUUCUUUCCUCUCACUAAACCAACAUCUCUCUUUUAAGUCUUUAUAAGGUGAUCAAAGAGAGAGAAAAGUAUAUUUAUUAUUAUUAGUUCCGCCAUGAAUGCUGCUUUGCUUCCUCCAUACCCAUCUGGGCUCUACUUUUUUAAAACUUGGGCAUUCAUGACUUUACGAAACUGACCUACCAAGCAAAGCAGAACAGAAAAGGAAAUAAUAGUUUGGCCAUGAAUGGUAGUCGUAGUUACUAGUUGUAGUAGUAAGAUAUCCAAAGCUCUCUCUUCUUUUUAAUACCAUAUAGAUUUUAACUUCUUUUGUCACCAAAAACUUUGAUUUUGUAUUGUUUUUUGUUUUAUUUUCACCUGGAGAUAAAAACAAGGAACGCCCAGAUUACAAAAUCUGAUCUUUCGAAGCUUUCCAAUGUCUGUGAACCCAUCAAAGCUAGACCUUGAAACCAUGUCAUUCUCUGAGGCUUUUAAAAAAUUCAAACGGUUUAGACUGUUUGAGCCAUCUUUGGGAGUUCUGGGAUUCUUUUUUGUCACUGUCUGUGUGGUUUUCUGCUUCUUUUACUUGGAUUCAAGAAGCUUCUCUAAAGGGUAUCAAUUCUCUGGCCAGUCAGAGCGGUUCAUGUGGUUGCAAACAAGAGGGUCCGUUGAAGAAAAUCAUAGAGUUGAGUUUCUUGAAGAAAAAGGUGACUCUUGUAAUGUGUUCGAUGGAGAUUGGGUUUGGGAUGAAUCCUAUCCUUUGUAUGAUUCCAAAGAUUGUCCCUUUUUGGAUGAAGGCUUCCGUUGCUCUGAGAAUGGUCGUCCUGAUUUGUUUUACACCAAAUGGAGAUGGCAACCCAGAAAUUGCAACUUGCCAAGAUUUGAUGCCAAGUUAAUGUUGGAAAAAUUACGAAAUAAACGGCUAGUUUUUGUUGGCGAUUCCAUCGGAAGAAACCAAUGGGAGUCACUCCUUUGCUUGCUUUCUUCUGCAGUACCUGAUAAGAGCUCGAUCUAUGAAGUGAAUGGCAGCCCAAUUACAAAGCACAAGGGAUUCUUGGUGUUCAAGUUUAAGACUUUUAACUGCACCAUAGAGUACUAUAGGGCUCCAUUUCUUGUACUGCAGAGCCGCCCGCCUUCUGGUUCUCAAGAAAAGAUUAAGACAACUCUGAAAUUGGAUCAAAUGGAUUGGACAUCUUCUAACUGGAGAAAUGCAGAUGUUUUGAUCUUCAACACAGGGCAUUGGUGGAAUUAUGGGAAGACCAUUAGAGGGGGGUGCUACUUCCAAGAAGGGGAAGAAGUGAAGAUGGAAAUGACUGUAGAAGAAGCGUACCAAAGGUCCAUAGAGACUGUGGUGCAGUGGAUUGAGAAUAAAGUAAACUCGAGCAAAACCCAAGUCUUCUUUCGUACAUAUGCACCUGUUCAUUUUAGAGGUGGGGAUUGGAAGAAUGGAGGAAACUGUCACUUGGAGACACUACCAGAGCUAGGAUCCUCAUUGGUGCCAUCUGAAAGUUGGGUUCAGUUCCAGAUACCCAACACAGUCUUAUCAGCCCACUCAAACGUAUUAGAGGCAAUGAAAAUCAAGAUACUGAAUGUAACUCGAAUGACAUCAAGGAGAAAAGACGGGCAUUCGUCUUUGUACUAUCUUAGUCCGGAUAUGGGCCCGGUGUCUCUCCAUCGCCAGGACUGCAGCCACUGGUGUCUUCCUGGAGUCCCUGAUGCAUGGAAUGAACUACUCUAUGCCUUGUUCUUGAAGCGUGAGACUCCUCCUGGUUCAUGGAACUCAACAGCAAUGAAGGGUGAAAUUUAAGAUUGGAAAAAGCUUCUCAUUUAUUGUACAGCAAACAAGAUUGGAACUCAACAUUCAAGAUGUCUUGGAAAGAAAAAAGGGGGAAAUACGAAGUAAAUGAUAGAUAAAGAUUUUUGUCAAGAGCUGUUCAUUAUCAGUGGUGAAGUACCUCUCAGAUUUUGGUGCCAAAGGUAGUUAGACCAACAUGUUCAUAGAAAUUGAUAUACAAAAUUUUAGAAAGCUGGGGAGAUGGGCAAGCCAGGGUUUUUUAUAUAAAUUAUGAUACUGUAGAGAAGAGUUUUUCAGAAAUGGGGUCAUUUUGUUAUUACUAGUUAGUUUGAUUCUAUUGGAGGGAAAGAUAUGUAAUUAGCAAAGUUGUAUUUGAACGUUUCAUUCAAUUUUAACGAAGAAGUUAAAAAUAGU